UUUGUCCCAGUCAUACCACAGCCAAGUAAACAGCCACCUGCUUGCCACCUGGGGAGUUCAGCAGUGAUCUGGCCUGUAUCUUGGCAUCCAGAAAAAGCAGAAGGUUCCUUACUGAAAGCAGAGUCAAGGAUACAGACACCACAUCUGCUUCAGCCAGCCAUCUCCCGUGAGGAGCCGACAGCCUGUGCCGGGACCCACCAGCAGUCCUUGGCCCCCGGCAGAAUGUCCAAGCCGGAUGUGAGUCAUUCUGUGCCUCCCUCUUCCUCACGGCCUAGUGUCACAGCAAAACUCAUCAAUGGAGGUGUGGCAGGGCUUGUUGGGGUGACCUGUGUGUUCCCCAUCGACUUGGCCAAGACUCGGCUGCAGAACCAGCAUGGAAAAGACAUCUACAAAGGAAUGAUAGACUGCCUGAUGAAAACUGCUAGGGCAGAAGGCUUCUUGGGCAUGUACCGAGGUGGGCUUAUCAUGCACCCCAGGGGAGGCUUGGCUUGGGCCAAAUGAAAACAGAGAGGGCAG